AUGCCCAAACCUUUAGGCACUAUCCUUGCUUGUGCUUCUUCUUGCACGAGGAGGGGGCAAGAGGCAGAGGAAGAGAGGGCUGGUGCGGAGCAGCCUGAGAUGGGAGGGGCUUGGGGCGGAACAAAAGGCCCUGCAGCACUGCCUGGGCCUCUGAGAGCUGCCUGCGUUGUGUGCACUGGGGAGCAGGUGAGGGAAGGGGGGGGGCGAGCAACGGAUAGAGGAAAAGAAGGCUGGGGCAUUGCCUGCUGCUCUGUGAGGGGAAAGCGGGCAUGGGAGACAAUAAUGGGAGAGGAGGAGGGGGAGGAGGAGGGGGAGGAGGAGGAGGAGGAGGAGGAGGAGGAGGAGGAGGAGGAGGAGGAGGAGGAGGAGGAGGAGGAGGAGGAGGAGGAGGAGGAGGAGGAGGAGGACCAGCAGCAGCAAGAAGGCGAUAUCAUACACUCUCAUCCUGACUGUCUCAGCUUCACCAGUGCCCGCCCCUACAACGCACCCCUUCACACACAACUCAAAAACACACUCGCGAACCUUCUCACACUCUCACUUCCUCAUGCUCCCUCAUUUCCACCCCCUCAUAACCCAUCCACAUGUCACACUCCCCUCCCACCCACUCCCAUCCUCGUCUCCUUCGCGCUCCCUGCCAGAGCCGCUCUCACCCGUUGCCUCACAGCCCGGCUUGCCGCUCGCACCCGCGCCCUCUCCUCCUCGCCCUCCCGGAUGCGCCUCUCCAGCUCUGCCACGUGGCUCUGCUGCCGCAUCACCUCCCUCCGAUGCGCCUGCGCCAGUCGCCGCCUCUCCUUCUCGAAUCUGGCCAAGGAAAUGGAAGGAACGGGGAAAGCGGCUGGUGGAGGGGUGAGCGCGAACAAGGCGUGA